GCCUACAUUCGUUCGCUUGCCUUCUUGAUGUGUGAACCACCCAACAGAUCGGUCGCAUCGCACUGCUAUUCUCGUUCAGACUGGGCACUUAUAAAGCGAAAUCACAGUGGAACAACACGAACUGACGUAGUGGAACUAUUAGGUCGAGUUAAAACCCAACAAACAGCCAACACCAUGUUUUGACAAUUGAAAGUGUCAAAACGAUCAAAAAGUUUAACUCUUAACUCGAAAAGUUCCAGUUGAGCCGCGCAAUCUAACAUACGGAUCUCGGGACUUUCUUUCUUUCUACUAUUCCGAGAGGAAAAUUUCUCUUUUCUCUCGGUCAUGGACCUUACACAACUAAGCCCAGAGAAACGAAACUUAUUCGACCAGUUUGCAAAUAAUGUGGCGGAUUGCAGGCUACCAGAAUACACCACCCACGCCCACCUGAUCAAAUGGCUCAUUGCCCGGGAAUUCGAUUUAGCUAAAUCCGAAACGAUGUUUCGCCAAUCGUUAGAAUGGCGUCAAAUAAACCAGGUCGACACAAUUCUAGACAAAUGGACGCCUCCGGAAGUAUUGACCAGAUAUUACUCCCUCGGAGCAACUGGACACGACAAAUUUCAUUGUCCUGUGUGGAUCAACGCUUUCGGUCGGACGGAUAUGACGGGAAUAUUGCAAUCCGUGACCAAGCGAGACUACCUGCGUUACAUGGUCUACAUAACCGAAAUGAGCCACCGCCUAAUGAUGGAAAAUGCUCUGCGCUCUGGCAAACCUGUAUCCUAUCAGACACUCAUCAUCGACAUGGCCGAUUUCUCCGUGAAUCAAAUGAGCAAACAAUUUAUGGACAUUGGAAUGGAAACCACCAACCUUUUUGUAACCAACUACCCGGAAGGUGUUCGCCGCGUAUUCGUUAUCAACGUACCUCAGGUGUUUUCCGUGGGCUUCAACUUGGUCAAACCGUUUCUCAGCGCCGCCACUUUAGCCAAAUUGCGCAUUUUCUCUCAGGAUGCCAAAGCUUGGAAAGAAGCGUUGCUGGAGGAGAUUGACGCCGAUCAACUUCCCGCUCAUUACGGAGGCACCAUGACCGAUCCCGAUGGAAAUCCUUUCUGCCUAACUAAAAUCAACAUGGGCGGAGAAGUGCCGAAGAAUUACUACAUCAAUAAUAAAAAGCCCGAAAGUGGAGCCAGCGGAGCCCACCUGAAAAGUGAAUUAGUUCCGGCCGGAAAUCGGAAACGAAUUGAAAUCAUUGUCGAAGAAGCCAAAUCAUUGAUGAGGUGGGAGUUUAUGACAGAGGAUGGUGACGUGGGUUUCCAAAUCAAUUGCGUCAAGAAAGAUGACGGCAAAGAAGUGAUUGUGCUACCGCGAGCUCGCGUUGACAGUCACCAAAUGAUGGAAGCGGGUGAAAUUGUUUGUGUAUACAGCGGCACAUACGUCAUCGAGUUUGACAAUUCCUACAGCUAUUUCCGUUCCAAGAAGCUUUGGUACAGCAUUGACGUGAGCAAAUGUGAAUCUUAGACAACUCUCACACCUAGCUGCACCUGAGAUUUCAAAUAAUUACAAUUUAGAUAAAAUUAUUUCUUCUGCCGAUUGAAUAAAAUAAACAAAAUUA